GGCCCGCAGCUAAGAUGGCGGCCGCGCGGUUGCCUGGAGACGGAGUGUUUCCGGGUGAGACGGCAGAGCGCGAGGUGACCCCGCGGUGACAGCGCUGACCAUGACCUCCCGGGGCACCGCCAACCGCUUCCUGCAGAGCGUCCUCCGCAACGGGCUGGGCCGCUAUGUGGGCCAACUGAAGCGGGUCUCAAUCACCUUCAGCAAGGACGCCCAGACCGCCAGGGGGGCCAGGGAGUUUAUUGAAGAAAAAGCGGUAGAUUUUGCCAAACAGAACCCUGGGGUGGUACUCUAUGUCAGUCCAAAGCAAUGCAGAGUUCCUAAAUUGGUGGCCGAAUAUUUGAAUGGAACAGUGAGAGAAGAACCCCUUAACCGCAAAACUGCAGAUGACAUUUUUCAGCUUGUGCAGAAACUGGUCAACCAGUCCGGUCUAGACAUCAUCCGGAUACGCAAACCCUACCAUACAGACCAUCCCAGUAUUCAGGGCCAGUGGCACCCGUUCACCAAUAAACCAUCAUCCCUUAAUGUAAAGACCUUUGAUGCAGUCAAUCCACCGACAAAGACAGCACCAUAGAGUUUCCUGAAACCAUUUGAUCAUGAUUUGUCCUUCAUUAUAAUGUGCAGGACUCACUGCCCCAUUAUCUAGUAAAUGAGAGAAGAUUGACUGUUUCCUACCAAAUUACCAUAUUUAUCAAGGUAAAUCUGGAGCAAUUUUACACUCUGUGUUGGUCUGCAGAAUCUUUAUAUUGGUUUCCAUGGCAAUUUCACCAAUUUAAGCUCUUUUUAGUAAAACUCCCCCACCUUUGACUUGAUAGAUAUGGCGUGAGAUACCAGGUUUUUUUUUUUGGUUUUUUUCACUCAUUAAUGUUCAAUCUUUUGUUUUAAAAAUAACUAAGAAACUGGAUUCUCAGGUGGCACGCCUCAUUAUUUUUGUUGGUCUAAAUAAAAUGUCUUUGGUUAAAAUGUU